AUGAGGCUCUCAGAGGUAAUUCCUGCCACAUGCCAACUGAAAUCUUACAACAAUGGUGACAGUGGUGUCACGGAGAGAAGAAAAGUGAUCAACAUCCUCGAAUGUCCUCCCAUGCAAAUAGUUUCUCUCCUCCUCGAGUUUGAUUCCACCAUACAUGCGACUGUUGGAGUCGGUGCUCCGAUAUCCACUUUUCCACGGUUGGGAAUGGUCUCCCUUAACUUUUGGUCGGAUACAUUUAUAGGUUAG